CCGUAAACAACGGCCAAUGGUCGCGGCGUGCAGGUCAGUUUCCACGGCCUCCGGAUGGACACACUGAAUGACUCCCUGUGCUUGCAGGAUCUUGUGGGAGGGCUCCAUCAGCACCACGAGACGUCUAUGAGUUCUCACAUCGGGCCCCUUGUCGGACCCGGGCCCGCGCAACCUCUCGCGGUGUGUUCAUCGCUGCACGCGAUGACCCACCAUCGUUUAGACAACAAUGCUGUUGGGAUGCAUGGACCCACAAUGACACCUGGGAAUGACCACAAAAAAAGAGUGGAUUCCAAUCACCAUCAUCAUCACCCUUCAGGUGGCGAGAAAAUACGAGGUGCAGGUGGUGGGGGAGGAGGCGACGGGGGAGGCGGAGGUGAGAGCGGCGAGAACUCAGGGGCGGACGACGGUGACCCUAAGAAGAAGAAAAGGCAAAGGCGGCAGAGAACCCACUUCACCAGUCAGCAACUACAGGAGCUAGAAGCCACUUUCUCACGUAACAGGUAUCCAGACAUGUCCACGAGGGAGGAGAUAGCCAUGUGGACCAACCUUACAGAAGCAAGAGUAAGGGUAUGGUUCAAGAACAGACGAGCCAAAUGGCGCAAGCGUGAACGCAAUGCCGCUGCUGAGCUGAAAAAUGGUUUCGGCAGCCAAUUCAAUGGACUCAUGCAGCCCUUCGACGAUGGCCUCUAUCCAGGUUACUCGUCUGGAUACAACUGGGCGGCCAAGGUACCCAGCCCACUGGGAGGGAAGAGCUUCCCUUGGCCCACCCUUAACUCCGUCAAUCCCUUAGGACAGUGCUUCAACCCUUCCACACCACCUGUCAGCAUGGCCACCAGUGCGGCUGCACCCUGUCCCUAUGCAGCACCUACGCCACCUUAUGUAUACCGAGAACAGUGUCCUACGAUGACAUCUAGCAUAGCGUCCCUCCGGUUGAAAGCAAAGCAACACACAAGUGGUUUUGGGACGUAUUCUACGGGUGUGUCAGUGUCGCCCAGACAGACACCGACUCUUUCACCUUGUCAGUACGCAGCCGUUGAAAGACCAGCGGUUUAGUAUUCCGUCAUAUUUUGUGUCUGUGUAAAGCUUAGGACAGUGAUGUCUAUAUUCGCUGCUGUAAAAUCUGUUAAUCAAAACAGAUUGCAAAAGAGAGGUAAUUCAAUCAAAGGAAGAGUGCAAUAUGUGGUAUUACACCUUUUGCAAUGGAUGAAAAGUUUCAGAGAUUUCUGCGCGAGAGACACAAAAUAGUCUCUGCUAUAAAUCAAAUUUUGAGGCUUCUGGACUAAAAAUGGCUCCAAAAUCAAUUAAUAUGCAAGGCAAACGGAUUGCGUUAAAAUUUUCGUUGUAGUGAAAAAAACUCUUUUAUCGGCAAUUACAAGAAAAAAUAAGAGGCUUUGGUGAAUUUAUUAUCAAAAAAAUAUGCUAUUACACAACUAACUCAAAUAAAAGAAACUAUAUAGAGACAAAAAUUCAUAUUUUUUUCCUUAAUAUUAACUGUUUUCUGAAUAAUUCUGAUAUAACAAAUGAGUUGAAAUUUAUCAUCAUGUUUCUGUUAAAAAUUCAAAAUUAGAUGCCAGAAUUUUGUAUUUAUCCAUUUUGAUUAUUGUAUUAAUACAGGAUUUUCCCACAUCGAAACUUUAGAAUAACGUAACCCAUUAAACGGAUUCUGUUCCAGCAAAUUUUAUAAUUGCUGUACUCUUGAAUUUUUCUCUAUUUUUCUGAUUUAUUUUUAUAAUUGCAACAUAUGAAUUAGCUUCAUAAUUCACAUCUGGAACAUUUUUUUAAGUAUACCCGAAAGCUAUCAUUGACUAUAAAAUGCCAAUGACAGUUUUAAAAGUUUCUAAGGAGAGAUUUUAAUUUUCAGUCUGCAUGUCGAUUUCCAAAUCAAACUGAUGAUAAUGAAUUGAAAAUAGUUGUGAAGUCAUACCUGCUUUCACCGGCAGAGAAAUGAUCGGGGGGCAUACAUGACAUUUGAAAUGACAGGGAAAGUUUUGUUAGGCCUGAUAAUGAAUGUCACGCAAACUUUCAAUUCGAAACUGCCAAUAUCAAGGACCACUUUGCUUUUUGUUGUCACAUGAAAGGAAUAAAAGUCUUUUUAAAGCGAUUCAUGUCUUGUAAUAAAAAAUGGAUAGUUUAAGAUAACGCUGUACGAAAAAAGACAACGCUUUGUCUGAAAUUUUAAAAAUAAAAAACUAUUCGCACAAUUUGCUUAGGAUUAAAUUAUGAAAAGAUUUCACUUUGCGCAUGAUGAAAAUGUAUUAUUAUCUGCCAGAAAAUAAUCGAAUUUUGGCUACAAGCACAUUUGCCAUUAAUCAACUCAUUUGCAUAAAGUUUUAAUUAUUAAAAAAAUCGUGCAAUUGUCGAUAUAUUUUUUAUCUUAACAUUGUUCGAUAACAUAUAGCAACUUAACAAUGAUUCAACGCAGGCUUAAAACUUUUGGAUGAAAAAUUAUUCUGUUUUCCUCUAUACACACAAAAUAGCAUCAUAAAUUAUAUCUGUUAAUAUUAAUGUAGCAUUUUCUUAUUGACAAAAAUGGCCGAAGUAAGUAAAAUAUUCUAACUCUAAUGAAGAAUUCUGAAUCAGAAACGAAAAUGUUCUUCAAAGAUGGAAUUAAAAAGUUGUUAAAUCUGUUGGAGGAUACCUUAAUGAUUAAUUUAAUGCAAAUAUUAAAAUUUGAAUAAUUUUCUGAUAAAUAUUUUAUAAAAACAAACUUAAGAAAUAUAUAGAGUUGUAUAGUUAAUUUCAUAUAUAAUAACAAGAAAAAUCCAUUAUGACAGAUGAAAAUCAAUCGCAUAAGAAUACUUACCCUUCAAUAAAAUCUGAUAUACCCUCUCGUAUGAGAAUAAUUUUAUUGGUUUACUUAAUUUUAUAUUUACAAAAGUUUAAAAAAAUAUAUACGUUGUCUAAGCAUUUUAAGUUUUAGUCCUCCACAAGUGAAAAUUAACAAAAGAUUAUAUUUUUAAAAUAUCAGCAAAAUACUUGGCAAAGUAACUUAAUUUGUAAUGGAAAGUGAAAAAUGGAAAUCCAUUUUGCCUACAUUAAGCUAUCGAUAAAUAUAUCGAUUAAUGAAGUGUUGCAAAGGACGUCAGUUACCUUUGCAAAAAGUUUUAACAUGGGACGCAAAUUAAAUAAAUAGAAGAUUGUUGUUGAACAUAAAUGGAUUACAAUAUUUUUACCGAUGUAUUGGACAAAGAAUUUCUAUUGAAGACACAGAUAUCCAGAGACUUGGGACAUUGAUUUUUGACUGAUUGACAUAGUGAUUUUGGAACUGAUCAAUUCAUAAGAUAGAAAUUAAGUUAUAAAAAAUGACUAAAAACUUCUAUAAUUUAUGAAUAUUUAUAUCAUAAUCAAUCAGCUAAUAUAAAGUUUCAACAGGAAAACUUCUUCAGAUAAGAUUUUGUUUCAAUUAUUGGCAAAUAACAAAGAAAUAAAUUUAGCAAAAAUUUGUUGUAGUAAUCUAUAGCUGAAAAAUUAAGAACUAGUUGUAUUGAAGUCUUCAUGAGGUACAAACAUAUAUUUUCUAUAUUUUGUUGCAGAAACUGAAUAUUUAGCAUCGUAUAUUGGAGAUUUAAUAAA